GUAUUAAAGGGUCGUAGCAUUAGGAAGGUUGAGAACCACUGCCUUAAAACAUGGGUGACAGAUGAAAGCUUAGUGUGAUGCGUGAAUUAGUCCUGUUUUCAAACAAGAGCAGAACAGACAGAAGUAAUUCAGGCACACACGCCCUCUAGUGAUUUAAAGAUGACAUUUCUGUAAAUUGGUGCCACCACUGCGAAAACCCUACCACAUCUCUUGUACUUAAUCUAAUGAAUUGGUAUAAUGAGAAGAGAGCCUCUGAGACUAAUAAUAGACAUUAAAAUGUGGAGUAGAACAACAUUGUCUCCAGCAAUCUUAAUGACUUUUCAGAAAGAGAUAUUUCAGUAUCUGUCUCUUGCUGGACAAUCCUUUAAAAUUCCUCUGUAAGUGACCAAUUUCCCAUAUGUAUAACUAAUUUCUAAUGCUGUCCCUCUUGCCCAUAAAGUGGAUUUCUUUUUAAAUAUACACCCCUCCAAUAUGGUGCAUUAUUGCAGGAUAAGGUGAAGCCAGUGUGGCUUUAGUUCAAUGAAAGUCAAGUCUUUAAAUCAGUCUUCUUCAGCUUGGUGCCUUUCAGAUGUUUUGGCUGCCACAGCCAUUUUUGGCCAAGUGGAUUAAUGAGGUUAAGGCAAGCUAUGUGAAAAAGAAAUCACAUCUCUUUUACUUUUAAUUUUUAGAAUUUGCUCAUGGAAGUUCUUUUGCCCAUCUCAGUUUACAGGAACAAACUUGCUGACAAGCAUGAGUUAAAGCUUAAGUCCACACUGAAUGACCUUCAGGUAAACUGCUUGGUGCAGACCACUGGAUGGAGUGCCUGUUCUAAGACUUGUGGGAUGGGCAUCUCUGUCUGUGUUACCAAUGACAACCCCCAGUGCGAAUUGGAGAAGGAGAGCAGGCUGUGCUUGGUUCAAAUCUGCAAUGCCUCUCUGGACAGGAGCAUCAAGAAAGGGAAGAAGUGCCUGCGAAACCCUAAAUCUCACGAGGCAAUCCACUUUGAGUUCACCGGCUGCACCAGCAUCCACUUCUACUGGCCCAAGUUCUGUGGCAGCUGCAUGGACAAUCAUUGUUGUACCCCACAUAUCACCAGCACAAUGAAAGUGGAAUUUCGGUGCCCCGAGGGAGAGUCAUUUGUUCAAAAAAUAAUGUUGAUCAAGUCUUGCUCUUGCCACUAUGACUGUCCUGCAGAUAAUGAUGUCUUUCUGGCCAGUUACCACCGGUCAAUGGAAGGGGACCAUUUCAAACUAAAGAAUCAGUAAUGCUGGGUCCUGCUCCCACUCUAAACCUGGCAGAUUGAAUGUAUCUAAAAAUGUAUUUGCUGAUCACAAAUGAUCCGAGAGACUUCAUGUCCAGAAGUCUCUGGUAUAUCUGGUGCUGCAUUCUAAGACAGGGCUAAUGUACUUGAUUCUCCACCAACCACACCCAAUCUUCUCUGAAGACCCAGAUUCCAUGUUCUUUCCCCUGUGAGGUAUCAAAAGCACAUUGAUGUGUCCUAUCUACAUUUGGUUGCUGAAUCUAUACUAGCAGUUUUGCUAUAUGGAUGCCUAUCAUCAGCUCUUUCCUUCACAUAAUCUUGGUCAUGCACAAUGAAGCCUGUCAGAAAAUGUUAACUCACAAUGGUCUAUUAUCCUCUUGCUGCAGAUGUUGAACAAGCAUGCAGAAAUAUGUUCAGAAGCGACUAAAGAAAUAUAUUCAGAAGCUAGUGACAACGGGAGAUUUGGAAAAUCUUGAAUGAUAUACAUAUGUAAAAAGGUUUGAUCCUACAAAAUGCCUGAUCUGCUGAAAAGCACUGAUUUGGGUAACCUACAUCUCUGCAGUGGAUUCCUUAAUAAGGCCAUUGGAAGAUGUGCAUUGCAGUCUUGAAGUGAUUUCAGAUGACAUUUGUUCUUAGUAAUCACACAGUCAUUCAUAAAAUUGAUCCAGACAGUCUUAUCUUUCAGAAUAACAGAAGAACAAAGUUGGAAGAGACCUUGGAGGUCUUCUAGUUCACCCCCCUGCUCAGGCAAGAAACCCUAGACAAUUUCAGACAAAUGGUUGUCCAAUCUCUUCUUAAAAACCUCCAGUGUUGGAGCACCCACAAGUUCAAGAGGCAGGUUGUUCCACUGGUUAAUUGUUCUAACUGUCUUGCUUUGUGGGGAAAACUGCACACGCAGCAAACUGCCGUGCUUUCCCCCCAAAAACCUCAUAACCUUUUGAUACCCUUUGUCUCAGUGAAGCAGCCAAAAGGUCAUCCCUUUUGACUUAAUGCCUCACCUACCUAAACAGAUAAUAUGCUUAGUUCCUUCUCCUAUCUCUUCCUGUCUUUGUUAGUUCCUUCUGCUUUCAUCUCCCUGUAUUUGUUCUUACCUAGUCUUUGAUCAUGUAAUCUGUUACUAGAAAAUAGUUGCUUACAUGAAGACAUUUUCCAAUGAAGAAACCUUUGUCAGCAUCUAAUGGUUAAGCUGGUGUAUGUAACAAGUAUAUAAGAAGUAAUAAACUCAGAGUUUGUCAAGCUGUGUCCUGCAGCUUCAAACCUCUGCUCAAGACAUGCCUGCAUCUUUUUCUUAGCGUCUUACAUCUGGCCCCUGAACAGGGACUGCCCCCCAUGGAGCAACUGGGACAGCCCCCCCUUCCGAGGGAGCAACAGCCAACAUACUUACCAGUGUCUGGAAUAGACCCCUAAGUGCACUUUUAUCCCAUGGGACCCCUCAGUGGUAAGUAAGGGUUGCAAUCUAUCUCAGCAGCAGCAGAAACAUGUACAGGAACUGAGAUUCCUGUUACACAAAUCAGGUGUGAAAGCACCUGAGGCAGACAUAAGGAAGCUGGUGGAUGAGGUAGGGAAACAUUCCCCUUGAUAUCCUAAGUGCUGGAUGCUUAGGUUACGAGAUUGGGAAAAGAUAGGGCAUACUUUACAUCUUUAAUCUCGGGCUCCAGUAUAGGUAUUAUAUCGAUGGCAUCAGUGCCAUCAAGCAGUGGGAAAAUUUGGCUCAGAUGCUUCAGCAGGGCAACAAUUAACUACAAGCCCCACACCUGAUUAGGAUCAAGUAAAAACUGUGCCUCCGAAAGCAUCUUUAAUUGGAUCUUCAGCUCCUUCUGAAGAGGCUAAUCCUUUUGCCUUCUUACGGCCAUCAUACACCCCCAUAAGGAAAAUAUUAGAGGAACAAUCUUGAAGUAGAAAAAAAAUAAUAUAUGGGGAAUCAUCAGGGAAAUUUAAAGAAACAAAUUAAAUGU